UUCAUAGUAGUGAUAUAUCGUUUGUGAUUUUAGAUGGCAAAAUUUUCAAGACCAAUUCGAAAAAUUGGUCCAUGGUGGAGGUCCCAGUUACAGGGUAUCUUUUGUAUCUACAAGCCUCCAGGCUACUCCUACUCAGAGCUCUGUAAGGCACUGCGGGAAAUUUUGUUGAGGGACUUGAACCAGAAACCAUGUUAUCCGGGAGAAAAGUACUAUAAAGAUGCCUACUUAUUGCAAACUUCCCUCACAAAGUUGCCCCCACAGAGCCUGACGACCAAGAAAACUCCAGCACAGCAAUAUAUUAGAUCCUCAGAAGAAUCAGGAAGCUUCAAGCUGAGUUUAUCUGUGAUUGAUUCCGAGACUGGAGAGGAAACUACAGAUUUCAUAGAAUCAAGAGUAAAAGAUAACGGAGAUGAUUCUAGUAAUUCAGACACAUCUCUAGAGAGAGUAGAACAUUCUUGUUUGGUGUCUAGUAGUUCCAAUACCAGUGAUGUAUCAAUAGAUUUCAAUAUAGAUAAAAACAAGCACCUGUUCUCAAGCAAACACAAGGAUUUAAUCAUUCCUCCAUUAACAGAACAAAAUGCUGUAAAACAUAGGUUUGUCUGUGGAGAUAUGUUUAGAAAUUCAGAUGUCAAAGUGAUUCCUGUGUAUGACGGUUUAGACUAUGAGUGUACUGGGGUUGUUCCUGUUUGUGUGGGUUAUAGAAACAGUGACUCGUAUGCUUUGAGGGACAAUCUGGAAAAGAAACUAUUCAUAAGGGUUUACCACUUAUCUGGUACCUUAGGAUGGACCACUUUGGACAAUACCGCGUGGGCGAACAAAAUCAAGCGUCAUUCUUACGAACACGUGGGUAAAUCAGACAUUGACAAGAUGUGUGGGCUGGCUCAGAACAUGCAUCAAUGGAGAAUGCUGAAUUAUGCUGGAGUGAUUCCUAAUUCUCAAGAGGCUUAUGAUCUACUGAAACAGGGGCUUGUGAAGCCAAUGAAUUCUCUGACACCUCCCUUGAUAUAUGGUGUCAAGUGUAUCAAGUUUGAGCCCCCUCAGUUUACACUGGAAGUUCACUGUGUGAAUGAGUCAUACACUUUUUUAAGAGACUUUGUUUACAAAAUUGGAGUUGCGGUGCGAUCCUCUGCCUUUUGUUCUAAAAUCCGACGAAUACGAUAUGGACCCAUAGGUCUAGAGCACGCUCUGGUUGUAGAGGAUUGGGGGGUGGAGAAAAUCUGUAACAGUAUCAGGCAGUGCAAUAAACUUCUUACCAGAAAGGACCAGAGACAGUCAGGCCAAGAAAUCAAAGAACUAGAAUCUGCUGUGGACUGAAAUUAAUGAUAACAACAUGUACAAUGGGGCACAAAUAAAACACACACCUAACUCAGAUGUGUUUAAUAAAUUCUUUCAUUAAUCAUGUUAAUUAUUUCAAUUGAAAGAAUAAAAAGAUUUUUAUUUUCAGUCUAUUACAUUGUAUAAUCUUGGGCUGAAUGAUAAUUUAUGUUUGGUGCCCU